CUUUGGAAAGAAUAAUAAUUUUUUUUACAUAAUUCCUAAUCAAAUAGAAAUACACUAGUCUUUGAAGUUUGUUAAUUCAAAAGAGAAUAUCAGAACAACAUUUUCAGAAAAGAAACAAUACAAAACAGUAAAUUAGAAAAAAUAUGCUUAUAUUAGUAUAUACGUACUUGCUUGUUUAAGCAACAUUCUUUGAUGCCUUUCUGCCAAACUGGUUACUUCCGUCUGAAGUAACAAAUUGAUGCUUUACUUCACAAACCCUGAAACUGUCACAUCUUCUAUGCACGUGGGGAAAUUAACAGGAACAAAAAUUUAAGAACCAAUCUCUAACAUAAGAUCAACCAAAUGCAAUAAAAAUCCAUUAUAUUUUUUUUUUCAACUCAUAAGAAGAAAAAUGGCUUCUACAUUUCUUCUAGGCCAUACGCAGAAACUAACACUUCCUUUCUCUAAUUUUACCUCCUCACAUAAACCAACUCUUGGAUCUCAAAAACCUUUUCUUGUUUCUCCCUCCAAUGGCAGUCCAAGCGGUCGUUUGUUCAUCAGAUCUCCAAUCACGAUGGCCAAAUCAAAUAGCAAAAGUGAUUAUCAAGAUGAUAAAAAACUCUUAAAGCCGUUAAAAAUGGCGGCGGGAGCAUCCCUUGCACUUGCUUGUGCCUUAGGUAUUUUCGGCUUUAAGAUAAAGAAUAUGAGCUAUUCUGCCGCCGCAGCUGGGCGUCCAAGCGCCGCCGACAUGAUCAUAACCGGGAAGCCAACCGCAGCUGUAUCAGAAUCUUCAGGGAUGUAUCCUUUGCCGGCAAAGUACGCAUUGCAGUCUCUCUUUGAAGUGAGCUCAAUGCUUGCUUCGGCUAAACCCAUUCCUUCUCAAAGACCAUUCAAUCUUCAUAAACUCCCUUCAUUGCCCUCAAAGGAAGAUACUGAUUCCAUCAAGAUGGAGGCAGUGCGGAAGAUGAAGGAAGGAAAAUGCGAGGAGGCGGUGCAGCUCCUUCGCGACGCAAACAUGCGAUACAAAAACGAGCCCGAGGCCGCCUUCAACGUGCAGAUGGCCCUAGUUGAAAUUUUAAUAUUGCUGGAGAGGUAUCAAGAAGCUGCUGAGUACAGUUGUCUAAAUGAUGAGAAUGCCCUAAUUUCUGAUAUUCGGAUCCCUCUUUAUAAGGCAAUUAUAUACACAAUGCUAGACAAAGAUACAGAAGCCAAGAAGUAUUGGAAAGAAUUUAGAAAAUAGUUGUGUUUUUACCUUAUAUAUUUAAGACAGAAAUUAGCUUUAUGAAGAUGAAGGAAGGAAGCCAAGAAGUAUUGCUAAAAUGAAGGAAGGAAGCCAAGAAGUAUUGCUAAUGGUGUUUCUAAAUUCUUUCCAAUGCUAGACGUAGACUGAUAUCUAUUUCAUAUACCAAAAUGUCUUCAACAUCACGUUCAUAGAUCCACUGUAUAUAAAGAAAAAUGAAAAUUGCUAUUUUCUGCAAACUACGUACGCAUAGUAACAAAUAUGCAUUUCCAAGA